CUUGUCCGCCAGUAGGUCUAGUACCUCUAGCCUUAAGAAGUCCGUCAGUGCAUCCUGUCAAACCCAAUCACACCUCGACACGUCUGUAAUCUCCCUCACUUUCCUGCUUUUUUGAAGCUGACAUGGCUUGUUUCCUUGUAACAUUCAUGUAUAUAAGAGCCCAGUUUGCAAAUGCGAACUGCAACGAAGCAGAAACACAGAUCUUGAGAGGUUUCCAGGUUUAUCUGAUUUUCCUUCUGGGGCUGAUAUUGAAAGAUUGGAAUUGGGGUUUUAGCUUUCUUGGUUUCUAGAAUGGUGAACAGGAAGAAACGGCAGAAGUCUGUUGCUGGUAAAGCACUAGGUGUGGAAGCCAGCAACAAGGAGGGAACUAAGGGUGAGGUUGAGAUUGUGGAGAUGGCUAAAACUCCUGUCAAGAAGCGCAAAAGAGGUGCUGACAGGGAGAUGGUAGAGUCAUUUUUCUUGUCACUUGACGUGGAGUCAUCUAUACUCCACCGAAGGAAGGAUACACCUUCUUUUCGUAUGGUUUUGUUGAGAGAAAAUGAUUUGGACAGGAUUGUUGGGAAGAGGAUAAAGGUGUUAUGGCCUGAUUCAAAGAAAUGGUUUGCUGGUCAGAUUAAAUCAUUUAAUAUUGAGAACAAGCUCCACAGUAUUGUGUACGAUGAUGGUGACAAGGAGCAGUUGAAUUUGAUUAGAGAGCAGUUUGAGCUUGAGAUAUUACCAAGUGAGGCAUUCACCAUACUUUCCCAAUAUGAGCCUUAUCCUGAGAUUCCAGGUGAUGGUGGGGGGAGUGGAGACGCUGUAAAUGAGGGUUUACUCAUGAUGGAUAGGUCUGAAACAGUAGACAAAAAAAUGAAGCAAAGCAUGUCGUCAAGGGGCCAAGAAGGGAGUUCAAAGCAGCAGAUCGUGGAAGAUAGUGAGAUGAUGGAGGAUGAUACCAUGGCUGCAGAUAUGCAGGUCGAUAGACUUCCUGGAAAAUCUGAUAGAGUGAAAAUUGCUGAAACAAAUACUUUGCAAAAGCAAGAGAGUUCUGAACCAGUGAAAAGGGUUAUUGCUAUGAAUAGAAAACCUUCGAAGGACGCCAAUAAAAGGCGUACAAAGCGACAGGAUAGAAAAAUAACUGAAGAGGAAGGGAAUAUGGCUUUGGACACUGAUGACAGACUCAGAGAAAAAAUUGAGCACAAGAUGGUAGACUGGUGAAAUUGAUGUGGACAAAACUGUGUGGUCUUGUUUUCAGAAACAUCACAAUCCUGGGAAAAAAGAAAUGAGUUCUGAUCACAGUGAGGCCAGUGGAGGCUCUGCAAAAGUGGAUGCUACUGAGAUUGAUAAUGUUAAACCAUUUGAAAAGAAGGGAAAGAUGAAGGGAGAAAAAACAUCAAAGGCAGUAAAGAAGGGAAAGGCAAUACUGAAAGUCAAAAGAAAUACUGAGGAUGAGAAGACAGUGGUACCAGCAUACAUGGAAGCUGAUGUGCUUCCUGAAAAGGUCGAGGAGAAGAAGACAGAUAUGGAAAUCGAGAAGGAAAGAUCUGGAGUUGUUGGUUAUGAGAAAUAUCUGACAGAAACUGGUUCAAAACUAGCAAGUGACCAGAGCAAGGAAACAUCUGAAGUUCAGACUUCUCAAGCAAAACCUCUCACUAAAGAAGAAAAUUAUGAGGUUCUUGAGAAGCAGAAAAUUGAAAAUCGUGAAGCUGCAGGAGAUGAAGCAGCAGAGUCAGGGGAAGAGGGUAUUCUGGAAGAAGAGAGGCAAACCCUCAGGGUUCACAGUCACCUGAUAAACAGAGUGAGAAUGAUGUAAGAUUGCGGAAGGAAACUGCCUCAGGUGAAGGGCUUGAUGGAAGGACUUCUGAUACUGAUCCGCAGACAGUAUCAGAUGACCAAGCCACUGGAGAGGAAAGUCUGGCUAAUGCGUAAUGCCGGGACAAUCCUGUCAAAAAAGGUGCAAGAAAGCGCUGAUGCUAAGUAUUCUUGUAUUGGAACUAAUAUUUUGUUUAGAAUUGAAAAUUGCAUUGUUCGUACCUUGUGUUUAAGUUUACGUCAAUACAUUUGGCAGGAAGAGAAGUGCUGGUCUACUGAAAAGGAGUUUUCACCUUCCUGGUUAGGUUUGCCUCAUUGGCCUUUUUGAAAGUUUAAUAUAUGUAUUUUAUUUAUUUAUUUCUGGAACUGUUCUAAUUAACAGGUUUUAUGGUCUGUCAUCCUGUGUGCUUACCAUUCAUUCAUUGUAAAAAAGGGCUUACCCAGUGCACGAGGCUCCUCUAUAGCAAUAAUUAGAAUAAGUGGAAGGAUCUGUUUGGAACUUACUGUAUCUUUGAAGCUAAUAUCCUACUUAUCAUUGGUUUUUUGCUGACAUUGCUUUGCAGGCAGUUCACUUUGAAAACAAUUAAACCCUUUUCAGUUUUUUUUUUCCUGGUGUGUAUGGAAGCUAUUUUCAUCAAUUGCCUGGUUCUGUAUUUAUUCAAACUCCCUGUGGAAAGUUGUAUCAGUUCUAGAUUUGGCCAUUAACUGUCUGAAUUAUUUUCUAUAUUAUUGUAUGUUUUGGU